AUGGAGGGGUCUCUGGGGACACACCUCCGCCCACACCUGCCCCACCCCUUCCCGCAGGAGCUGGAGGAGGCGCGGAGCUGGGAGGGGGCCCGCGACGUGCGGCCGCUGGACGGGAACGUGCGGCACUGGACGGGACUCCUGCUGCCCGACGGAACUGGGGACGGCCCCUCUGAGGACGCUGCAGGUCCUGGGCUGGGAACACUGAGUGGAGAUUCCCCUCCUGAGGGGCUCGGGCUGGCACAGGGAGUUUCUAUGAGGGGCACAGGGUAUCAGGGCUGGACAGACCCCCCCCUCCCGCGAUGGACGCUGCGGCAGAGGGGGCUGAGGUGCCCCCCAUACCCCGGCAGAACAACCCCCAUACACGCUGGCGCCUUCCGCUUCGAGCUGACCUUCUCCCCGAACCACCCGCAUGAGCCGCCCCGCGCCACCCUCCGCACGCCCAUCUACCACCCCAGCGUGGACCUCGAGGGCCGCGUGUGCCAGCCCCUCACCAGCCACGGGCACUGGGAGCCCGCCACCCGCGCCAUCCAAGUGCUCCAGGACCUGCUGCUGCAGCUGGACAGCCCGGACCCCCGGCGGCUGCUGCGGCCCGACGUGGCCCGGGAGCUGCAGGAGCGCCCCGAGGAGUUCCUGCUCCGGGCGGAGGAGCACACCCGGCUCCACGCCGAGCCGCGCCCCUAG